AUGUCGGUCCACCCUACCGUUUCGAUCAUACCGCCUCCUCCUUCCCUACCCCGAGACCAUCACGGACCUUUCAAAUCUUCACGCAAACCACCAGCAGAGGAUUGUCAUGACGGAUCACUUCACAAGCCUAAAUACUUCAAAAAUCCUUGGCCAUCAUAUCGAUCUGCAUCGUUACACGACGCAUAUUUAGCAUAUCAAUUAGGUGCAGCAGUAGCCCUACCACCUCAUCAAACUCUAGGUUCAUCUCGAUUUGACUUCGUUGAGGAAGAAGCGUAUGACGAGGAUUCGAGAGCAGAAGAUGGAUCUACAAGAGCGGAUACCCAAUCCUUGAUUCCAAAGAAGAUGUAUAUACGACCUGAUUUUUCGGAAGUGAAACAUGAUGAUGAAUCUGAUGAUUGGCGUGAACCACCUGUUCGAGUGAUUGAACCCACAUGGGCGGAAGGAGCAGAUCAAGGGAAAGAAAAAGUGACUUGGUUGGGACACGCUGGGAUACUACUACAGAUACCAUGGAAAGAUAAAGAGGGUCACGCAGGAGUGAUAUUCGAUCCCAUAUUUUCAUACAGAUGUUCGCCUACUCAAUAUGUAGGACCGGCCAGAUACUUGGAUCCCCCUUGUUCGGUAUCAGAGCUACCUGAGAUACAUCUCUGUUUUAUAUCUCACGACCAUUAUGACCAUUUAGACUAUUACACAAUAAUGGACCUGUGGAAAUACCAUCAGCCUACGAUACAUUUCUUUGUGCCUCUAGGACUAAAACCGUGGUUUACCUCUUCCGGUAUCCCUUCAACUCGAGUUACUGAACUCGAUUGGUGGAAUGAAUCGAUAAUUGCAUUCCCAUCUUCACCUUCGUCAUACUCGGAUGAAACGUCCUAUCCACCUUCAGAGCCCGAAACACGACUAUCUACGGAAACUAUCAAUGAACCUUCGUCAUUGACGCUGAAAAUCGCAUUUACCCCUGCGCAACAUCGUUCUGGGAGAGGAUUGUUAGAUCACAUGACUACCUUAUGGGGCUCAUGGUGUUUAGGUGUGGUAGAACAGGAAGAGAAUGACAAGGCCAUUGAAAGAGGGAUGAAAGACUGGAUAGGGUUCAAGGUGUUCUUCGGAGGUGAUACGGGAUACAGGUACGCUACCGCUGUUGAAGGUGAUGAUGAUGCUAUUUGUCCGGCUUUCGAAGAAAUCGCUUCGCAUUAUUCCCCAUUCAAGCUAUCCCUUUUACCGCUUUCAACAGGAUCAUCUUUACCGUUCCUCCGUACGGUUCUUUCCCUAUCUCUGGACCAGUACACCUUGACUUCGUCCUUACAUUGCUCACCAGCGGACUCGUUAGAAAUACAUCGUAUUUUGCAAAGUGAGAGGAGUUUAGGUAUACAUUGGGGGACAUUCUGCGAUGCCGAUGAGGCCAGAGGCACAAGAGUCGAUUUUGGUAGAUGUAGGAGGAUUUUAGGUGUUAGCGGUGUGUGGGAAGAUGAAGACUUGGCUAAAGAGGGGAGAUUUAUAGUGGGAGAUAUAGGAGAAACAUUUGUUUCACCUCGGAAAGAAGCUGAAUGA